AUGGCGCGGGAGGAACGGCCGACGCUGCUGAGGCAGCCGCCUGCGGAUCCGGGCAAGGCGCCGAUUGAGAAUGUGCUGGAGGUGACGGCGGUGGGGGUGCUGGGCCCGGACAUCUUUACCAACACGCGCAAAGCCUGGGUCCCCCCCGGCGCUCGAGGCAUCUACGGCGGCACCGUCAUCGCGCAGUGCCUCGCGUCGGCGCAAAAGACGGUCCCCGACGAGCUGUACCCCCACUCGUGCCACUGCUACUUCAUCCUGGCCGGGUCGGGCAGCAUCCCGAUCCUGUUCCACGUGGAGCGCGUGCGCGACGGGCGGUCGUUUGCCACGCGGACGGUGCAGGCGCGCCAGCGCGGGCGGUGCAUCUUUACCACGACCAUCAGCUUCGUGCGCGAGGGUUCCGGCGACGGCGACGGCGACGGCGCCGGGGUGGUGCGGCACGCGGCGCCCGCGCCGGCGGAAGCGCGGCGGCCGCCCCCCGAGGGCUGGGACGACGACGAGCCCUCGUGGGCCAGGGGCGGGCCGUUCCAGACCUACCCCCUGCCGCCGGUGGACGCGGACGCGGACGCGGACGUGCGGCCGGACCAGCAGCGGUGCCAGCAGUGGAUGCGGUGCCGGGGCGCCGUGUCGGCGGCGGGCGGGCGGCAGGCGCACCUGAGCGCGCUGGCCUACAUGUCGGACAGCAACUUCAUCGCGACGGUGAGCCGCGUGCACCGGCUGUGGCGGCUGCCCCUGCGGCCGGACGACUACGAGGCGGGCGGGCUGGCCGAGGAGCAGCGGCGGCGGGUGGCGGCGUCGGCGCGGCAGGACGGGCUGGGGACGGGCGUGCGCGAGUGGCGGCGGCGGCGGCGGCUGGGCAUGAUGGUCAGCCUGGACCACAGCAUCUACUUCCACGAGCCGGCGCGCGUGCGGGUCGACGAGUGGCUGUUUGCCGACAUGGAGAGCCCGUGGUCGGGCGACGGGCGGGGGUUUGUGACGCAGCGCAUCUUUGCGCGGGACGGGACGCUGCUGGCGACGUGUGUGCAGGAGGGUGUCGUGCGACUGGCUGCCGACGACGAGGCUGAGCACAGCCGGCUGUAA